AUGGACAUUUCUGAAGCAGGGUUGGAUAGAAUUGAGGCACAGAGAUCAACAGAUGUGUCUCACGACCAACGGAGAAAAAAAUCCUUCUGUAUGAAUCUGAUAAACAAAGGCGCACGCACACUCAGUUCACGAGGUCUCUUCAAUCCGAAGGCACAAAGUCACCGUCGGAGUCGGAGUCAUGCUGCUUUGAAGCUCAGGAGUACAGAGGUUUUUGAUGUCAUUCUUAAAGAAUGUCCAAGUCUUGAGGAUGAGAGAGACAAAGAAGGAAGGACAUGUCUUUCGUUUGGAGCAUCCAUGGGGUAUUAUGAAGGAGUACGCAAAUUGUUAGACCGAUCAACAAAGAGUGUUUACGUAAGCGACGAUGAUGGGUCAUAUCCAAUCCAUAUGGCAGUAGAGAAAGGUCAUAAGAAAAUCGUGUUAGAGAUUCUAAAACGUUGUCCAUAUUCAAAGCACCUGCUUAACAAAAGAGGUCAGAACAUUCUUCACAUUGCAGCUAAUAGUGGGAGAUUUCAAAUUCUAAAUCACUUGACGACACACGAACAAACAAAGCAUCUGGCUAAUGAGCAAGAUGUGGAUGGGAAUACACCUCUGCAUCUAGCCAUCAUAAAGUGGCGCCCUAGAGCUGCUCGUUGCCUUGUGGGACAAGAAAACCUGUUCAUACAAAAUAACAGCGGCUUGACAGCUUUGGAUAUUGCUGAGUUAAAUAUCAAACCCAACUACAUCUUUAGGGAGCGGUUGACAAUUGUGGUCUUAGUACACGGUCACUUCGAAAACGACGCUAAGUGCAUUCACACCAUGAAACUAACAAGACCAUCAGUGCCAUUGGAACGCGGCGGGAACAAAGAUUUCAUCAAUGCCCUUAUAGUGGUGGCAGCUCUUGUAGCAACGGUAACAUUUUCUGCAGGUUUUACAACCCCUGGUGGAUUCAAGAGCACCUCCUCUCCAAAUUUGGGCGUCGCAGUACUAGCAAAUGACAACCGUCUCCACGUGUUCCUGGGAUGUGACACCGUUGCAAUGGGAAGCUCAGUGAUAGCAGUAGUUUCUCUCAUUUGGGCGCAGUUAGGGGAUCCUGCACUCUUCCGUAGCUCCGUAAACUUGGCCUUGCCCUUGCUGUGUUUUUCUCUAUUGUGGAUGGCGAAUGCAUAUUUUUCCGCCAUGAUGAUUACAGUUGGUCCUGUUCCAGGGUUUAUGAUCGUCUUUAUGCUUGCAUAUUUGUUCUUCCUAUACGUGAUGCUCGUAAUCUUUGUCCCUCACAUUUUCCUACAGCUAUCGAUAUUUGGACCUGCUUCUCCUCUAGUCAGUGCGGUUUUCUUGUCUUUUCUGAAGUUAGUUAAUGACGGCAAUGAUGAAAGUGAUAAGACCUCUUCUACUCAGAGUCACAUGUCUAUCAAGAAGGAGGAUUCGGUUGAGAUCUCAGGCGAAAUGCCACACACUACUUGA